AUGGCCUCCACCUCGAGCCGCUUCCUGGCCGUGGCGCUCGUCAUGGCCGCCGUGCUGCUCGGCGGCGCCAACACGUGCCACGCGGCCCGCCGCCUCGACGAACUGCCGCCGCUGCCUCAAGUGCCAGGUGUGCCGAAGCUGCCGAUGCCUCAAGUGCCGAAGCUUCCAGUGCCGCCGGUGCCCCAGCUGCCGAUGCCCCAAGUGCCGAACCUUCCAGUGCCGCCGGUGCCCGAGCUGCCGAUGCCCCAAGUGCCGAACCUGCCUCAACUGCCGGGCGUGCCCGGCGUGCCGCUGCCGUCCGCCGCGGUGCCGUAG